AUCGUCGUCAGUAUCGUAUCGUCGGCCUUACCGAGUGGUGUGUCUGUGCCCGUGUUCAUAUUACUAUAUUCGCGCGUCCGUCCGUCCGCCGCCGCCGUAGUCGUCGUCGUCGUCGGUUUUUAGUCGAUUUUUUUUUGAUUUUGUUUUUAUUUCCGUAGGAUUCGCCGUCGCUCUCGACAUUCGACCGGUACCGCACGUUCGUUUUGCGUGAAAAAUAAUAUUAAUAUUAUUAUACACACGUCGAACGUGUCUGCUGUUCGCGGGCUCCGGACGAUCGUUUUUUUUUUGCGCUCACGCGGCCCGCAACCACAUCAUCGCAGCCGUCGUCGCCCGCACGAGACACCGUCUCCCGACACUUCGGCGAACACUAUGCUCCGGCCGUGGGCCAACGCCGCGCACGACCGACGUGACCACGUCUCGGCCGCCGUCGUGCCGACGCGUUGUUAACGACACUCGCGCGGCGUAACGCGUGUGUAAUCCCGUCCGCGGCGGCCGCACGCACCGGAGAAUCGUCCGGCGAGGACACCUCUCUCGGGGCCCGUCGUGUCGUGUCACACGUUAUCACAUAAAGUCGUCGCUGACAGCGCAUUUUCGGUUCGCCCGCGACACCGCGUAAGAGUAUCGGCGCCGAUCACCGCCACCGCGUCACCACAACCAUGGUUCUGUUCGACAACCUGUUCGGGUUCCCGGGGCUGCCGGGCUGCCUGCGGUUCUUCUCGCCGUCGCCGUCCGCGGCCGCCGGGCGACGGCCCGCGUCCGCCACCAUGCGCGGCGUGUCGUGCACCAAGAUCACGUCGUGCCUCACGCUGGUCCUGCUCAUAUGCUUCGAGACGGUCCUGCUGUCCACCGUCAGCGAUUGCACCAAGUCGUUCACCGUGCACUGGAACACGUCGAAUUCAAUAUUCCGGAUAGACAACACGGACCACAUAAUCGACGUGAACAAAGGAAAUCAGCCUUUCGAAUACGACCAAGUGAACAUCGUGUGUCCCGUGUACGCACCGGGGACGCACGAGUCGGAUGCCGAAAAGUACAUCAUUUACAACGUGUCCAAGGAGGAAUACGAUAUGUGCCGAAUCACUAAUCCCAAUCCGAGAAUCAUAGCGUACUGCGACAAGCCGUACAAACUUAUGUACGUCACCAUAACAUUCCGGUCGUUCACGCCUCAGCCCGGUGGACUCGAAUUUCAGCCGGGACAAGACUACUAUUUCAUUUCCACUUCGUCCAAGGACGAUAUCCACCGCAGAAUCGGCGGUCGCUGCUCCACCAACAACAUGAAAGUCGUGUUCAAGGUGUGCUGCAGACCAGAAGACCAACAGAACAACCAGAACUUAGCCCCCCGACCAACGCAGAACGCUGGCAACCCUCAGCGACUUCCAGUGCCGGGCAGCACGCACGGAUAUCCGGCUCGACCUCCGUCUGUGUACGCGUCGUCCACACAGCAGCCAUCGUUGGCCGGCAAGCAGCCUCCGUUCGGCGCCACCGGACCGUCAGUGCACAACAACAACAAGCCAUCACACAAAAAAUCAUCCGAAUACGACAAGCAUCCCAACGAAGUGGUCAAGAACGAAGAGCUCACGUACAACGGUGCCGGCGUGACCGCCGCAAACAUUUCGGCGAAGGCGUUGGCGGUUCUAUACCUCGUGGGCUUUGUCGCUUACGAACGGAUCAUACGUCGAUAGACGGUCACCGCUCCGCCAGAGUAUAGCCGGAUCCCCUCUCCCUACCCACAUCAACACCCCGCGAGAUACGACAAACGUAUAUUUUAACGUAAGAAUAAUAUUAUGUGGCAUAUUAUUAUUAUUGCAUUAUUGACAACACACUGUGUAUAUACCUACCUAAAUGGUGUUUUUAUUUUACUAUAAUAUUAUAAUAUAUAUAUAUUAUACAUAAUAAUAUGAUCAUUAUUAUUAUUAUUAUUAAACUCUUGUAAAUAUAUAUAAAAUAUACAUGUAUAUGUAUAUAUAAAUACAUAUAUAUAUAUAAUAUUAUAAACCAACACCUCCGAUAAUAACGAUAAUGAUAAUCCUCCCCUCCCCAUGAGUAAUUAUUAUUAUUAUAAUUAUUAUCAAUAUUAUUAUUAUUAUCUAUUAUUAUUAUUAUUAUAUUAUUAUUAUUAUUAUAUUAUUAUUAUGAUCAUUAUUAUUAUUAUUACUAUUAUUAUUUGUACAUAACAAUAUUAUAAUAUACGCAUGUAUAACGUAGGAAAACGACAAUUUUAUGCCGACGAAUAAUAAUCGAGAACAAUGUUUUAUUUUUUACCGUACCGUAUCACUUCAGACAAUUCGGAAAAAUCGCCGGACCACGAAAUUUUUGUUCGUGAACCCUCUUAACGUAUUAUUAGAAUUAUUAUUAACUGUAUAGUUUGCCAUAAUAACAUAAUAAUAUUAUAACGAAACGUGUGCGCGGUGGCAACGGCAGUAUUGCUGUGUAAUGCGUCGCGAAUUAAAGAAAAAAAAAAGAUUUUCAUAAUAUGUCGCAGUUUUCGCCAUCUAAAGUACGGCCAAGUGCCAUUUUACCGGUUUCGCGAUAUUACAUAAUUGCGAUACUUUCGUUCGCGGUAGACCUCGCCGCCGUCGCCGUUCGAUACGAUAUACAUGUAUAAAUAUUUAAUAUUAUUAUAUCGAUCGAUAUAAUGAUUAAUUAAUACACUCUUCAUUAUGUAAUAUAUAUAUAUAUAUAUAUAUAUAAUUAUUGUACGUCUAUAAUAUGUUUUAUAGAAAAGUAAAAAAGUGAAAUUAUUAGGGUACCUAUACAUUUAUGUGUGCGUGUGUGUGUAUGUGUAUGUGUAUCUACAUGUGUUUGAUUACAUUCUCGUUCUAUAAUCGGUUAUAUUUGUAAUUUUAUUUCUGUGAUCGUUAAUUUUUAAAACAUUAUAAUAAUAUUAUAGAGACAUCGUAAAUCGUAAAUCUAUAUAUAAAUUUAGUUUUUCUUUUAUAAUAAUAUUAUAUACAACGAGAAAGAGUGUGUGUAUAUAUAUAUAUAUAAUACAUAAUAUAUAUUUAUAUGUAUAGGUACAAUAUAUACCUAUUUAUCUUUGUUACACUUAGAUACGAGUGCGACAAAUAUCACACACACACACACAGCAUUCAUACGAUAAACUUAUUUAAUAUGUUUUAUUCUUUCCAUCCGUUAUCUAAUUUAUUUUUAUUUUUGUCAUCACUUCAUAGUAUUAUAAAAUAAUGUAUGUAUUUUUUUUUUUAACGUUUUUAUUACGUUUGUGUGAAAAUAGUUUUAUAUAUAAAUAUAAAUAAAUAUAUAAUAUUAUAAAGGAAAAAUAUUAUUUUGUAAAAUCGUAUAUUGUGUACAUAUAUAUUAUAAUAAUGAUAUUAACUAUAUACAUGAUAUUAUAUAUUAUUAUAUAACAUGUAUUUCAUGUCACUGUAUUAGGUACACGCGCAUUCAAUAAUAGUUUGUAUUAUAUAUUAUUAUUAUUAUUAUUAUUAUCAUAAUAUUACCUAUGUAACACGUAUUAAUAAUGUAUGUUAUUACGAUUUAAGGACAAUAUUGUACUCGAACGAAAUUCGUAAUAUAUAUAUGUAUAAAACUGUACUUAGCUGCCCCUCUCACUCCCGUAAUAAUAAUAUUAUUAAUGUAAUAGGUAUUAUAUCUCCGCGACUACGGCACCGCUGUCACGGCCGCCGCCGCCGCCGCCGCCACUGAUAUGUUUUUUUUUUUUUUUGCAAAUCGGCGCACCACCGCUUGCGUAUUCCGAUUCCCCAACAUUCAUCAUUAAUUAUCGUUAAAAUAAUAAAUUACUGCACUUUCGUUAGUCGGCAAACGAAUUGUUCGCAAGCGGCGCCGCGCCAAAGGAAUGCGUCUACUAUAUCAUACGAACGGUGUUCGUAUUAUAUUUUUACCGUAUAAAUUCACCUGUGCGGACAGCCAAAACAAUAAUAAUUCGUUGUAACAUUAUAUUGUUAUAAUAUUCUAAUAGCGAAGUGUGAUGUUCGACGAAGACAUCGUCCAAUGCAUUAUUAUGUGUCGUGGCGGCGUUGUAAAAAUGAAAUUGAAAAAAAAAAUUCUACUUAGCUCUAAUGCAAUGCUUAUAUAUUAUAUUAACGGUAUGAUAUAUCUCUUUUAUACAUAUACAUAUAUAUAUUUCAAAAACAAAAAAAAAUUUUAAAAAUAUGAUAAUCGUUUAAUAUUCAAUUUGUAUAGUGUGUAAUGUUAGGUGUUUUCUUUUGUACUGUUUCUUUUCCGUCGAACGGACGGACGAAUAAUAAACUGUAUUAUUAUUAUUAUCAUCAUUAUUAGGUACCGUGUAUGUCGACAACUCAGUAUAUUAUAUAAUCUUAUGGUGCCGUCGGUAAGACACGAUGUCCCGUACUCGUAUUACUGUCGGACCAUCGAUUUAUUAUUAUAAUAAUAUCAUUAUUUAUUAUAUAUAUUACGAUUAUUAUAUUUUGUACAUUUUCGAUUUACUCGAACGUCGUGUUCUAAGCUCUGUACACCGCUAAUGAACAAAAACAAUAGCAUAUAAUAUAUAACACUCGUCUUCUCCUCACAUCGCCGAACCCCUUGACCACCCCCCCACACUCUCAUAUAUGUUCAGCCAGUAAUAUUAUUUUCCGUCUUAAAUUCGUCUCUUUUUAUAUAUAUAUUUACAUCUACUACCUAUGUAUAAUAAUAAUAAUUAUCGUCAUUAUUAUUAUAUUAACGUAGUACACUCGACACGACGAUAAUAUAUUCGCGUAUAUAAAACCGAUAUCUCGUUGUCGGCGUGAAAUUUUUUUUUAUUUAGGCGUAUUUUUUAUGUGUUCAAGUUCCUAUGUUUCAAUGCAACUUAAAAUAAAAGAAAAAAAGUACAAACGAGAGAAAAAAACGUUUUUGAAUUUCUAAAAAAUAAACUAUUAACUAAAAUUUAUAUACAACUAUAUUAUUAUUAUUAUUAUUAUUAUUAUUAUUGUAUCGUCGCGUAAUCACCUGUUGUGUUAUAAAAUGAAAAAAAAAACUGGCUGAAUGUUCGAACAAUUACGAUUUAAGUAUAACUUCAAACCUGUAUGUUUAAUAAAAUAUUUACAGGAUAAUAUUAUAAUAAUAGUAAAGCGCCGUGUGUUUAUUUAAUUUUUUUUUUUAUUUAUUGUAUUUUUUUUUUUUAAUUAUUUUUUUUUUUUUGUGUGUAGUUUGUUAGGAUUUAAAUACGUUAAUAUUACUUAGUAUUUAUAUGUACAUGUAUGCGCCAUAUAUUUAUGUAUACGACGCAUAUAUAUAUACGUAAUAUACAACAUGAUAAUAUACAAUGUAUACAUCCUUCAAUUUAUUGCCAUAUACCCGCUGUAUAAAUGAAUAAAUGUCAAAAAAAAAAAACGUGUAUUAGCUUAGAAUUACCUAUGUAUGAAUUUAGAACAGGGCACUUAAUACUUAGAACUGAUGUGUACUCCUAUUUGUGCUGUAUGUACCAGUUAAAUAUAAGGUUUAUGAUAAUAA